AUGGCCUCUGUCGAGCACUGCCUCUUCUGCUUCGAGACUCUCGCCGCCAAGCUCGAGGGCCGCAAAGGCCUGGACCUAGACGACGUCCAGAGCUCCUUCGCCGAGUACUCCGCCUUCCUCGACUCCUCCGACGACACCACCGCCGGGGCCGCCAAGCCCAGCAAGCCCGCCAAGAAGCUCCCCGCCCUCCGCCGCCUGGUAGGGAGCUCCAGCUCCUCCAGCUCCUCGUCAUCCUCCCUACAGUCCCCCGAGUCCGCCUCCGGCAGCUCGAGCUCGACCUCCCUUUCGGCAAACACCUCGGCCACGUCCGUGGCGGGCGGCGCGUCAGAGCCCGUGACAGAUCCUAACGCCGAGUACCCCCUCUUCGUGACGUGGAACAAGGCGGCGGGCGGCGGCGAGUACCACCUGCGGGGCUGCAUUGGGACCUUCGAGGCGCAGCCGCUGGCCGAGGGCCUGUCGUCGUACGCGGUGAUCGCGGCGCUGCACGACAGCCGCUUCAGCCGGGUGUCGGCGCGCGAGCUGCCCUCGCUGCAGGUCGCCGUGACGCUGCUGACCGACUUCGAGGACGCCGACGACGUCCUCGACUGGGAGCUGGGCACCCACGGCAUCCGCAUCUCGUUCCAGUGGGACGGCCGCCGCCACGGCGCGACCUACCUGCCCGACGUCGCCACCGAGCAGGGCUGGACCAAGGAGCAGACCCUCGUCAGCCUCAUGCGCAAGGCCGGCUGGGAGGGCAGGCGUGACCGCUGGAGGGAGGUCGCCGACGCGGGUGCCAUGAAGGUCGUCAGGUACCGCGGCGACAAGGAGCAGGUCGUCUACGACGAGUUCAAGGGCUGGAGGGACUGGGCCGACGAGCACUCGAGUCAGAAGUAA